AUGGGCGCCACCGAAGGCUCCGCUCGCGUCACUGCAGGCUACGGGGUCGCUGUUCGCUUGCUUUGCCUUGUCAAAGCUGGCCUCGCGUUCCAAAUUGUCGAGGACGCCCUCGCCUUCCUUGAUGAGCACUCCGCUCGCACGCCACCAACCUCUUCUGCACCUCUCAAUCCGCCAGUCUUGCGCGUACCCCCGGAGACUUGGGCAAACGUGCGCGCACACCUCAUUGCGCUCGGCGUCGAAGAGGCGGAACAGGAACUCUUGCGCGUCUUCAUUGACCAUCUGAAGAAGCAUGGGGAAUGUUUUGACCCGUCGGAAGUACCCUCAAGCUUUACUGAGGGAGAGCUGUGGUCGUCGGCAAACGAGGCCGGCGCGGAGCUACCCGACGACGUCGGCGAGUGGUUUCCUUCCGGUUGGGAGACAGGCGUCUUCCGUCUGGGAACUUACUUCGGCCUCGAGGUCGACCUCUCGCCCAUUCGGCCGCAAACACUCGUCGAAGGGUACGACACCGACUACACCCUGGAUUCGGCAGUCCUACUUCAGCUGCCAUCCGAGGACAACGGGAUCGAGAUUGAGACGCACACGGGCAUUGACCUUGUGAGCGGCUUCGGCUGCUUUGGGUUGCCAAAAAGCUUGCCUGUCGAUGCCGAUAAGUCCUUCAAGCCCCUGAUCAUGCAGUUCGAUCUGGACCCAGUUGAGAUCCGUCUCAGGCAGGCCAAACUCUCGACAGUCGCGUCGGUGAAAGAGGAGGCGGAAGAGCGCCUCUUCAAGCCGGACGACGACCACUACGCGACCUCCGGCCACUUCCCCUCCAUUCCGCGGGACAAAGUGGAACCAAAAUGGCUCAUUGUCUGCGUAACUAGUCUUCAGGCAUGA